GGCAGAAUGAACUCGGAUAACUACUCCCUUUUUUUUUCUCUCUUCGUUCCUUCUGCAACACUCAUUUGAAUGGCCACAAUAUCGAUAGGAACAAACUAUGGCGCUCUUCUCCUCGGUGCGCUGUGCUCGUCUUUAUUGUCCGGAGUGCUCUUUAUGCAGUGUUUUAUCUACGGUCGAAUGUAUAGGCGGGAUCCGGUGGGAAUGAAGAUCUUCAUCGGUCUCAUCUGGCUUCUCGACACACUUCAUAAUGUCUCGGUCUGGGCUGGUUUGUGGUCGUGGUUUGUGGUCGACUUUGGAGCUCCAGAACGGAUUGAUAGCAUACCAAAAGGAAUUCCCCUGUCUGUCAGCGUAACGGGCGUCCUUACCCUUCUCGUCCACGGCUUUUUUGCGUAUAGGAUAUACAAUCUCCUUUCGAAAUAUCGACUGCUUGUCACCAUUCCUAUCGUAGUUUUGGCUCUACUUCGAGUCGGUUUCGCUCUAACGACUGCGCAUCUCAUGCUGAAGGACCGUAGCCUUGCCGUCUUCAAGGAUCAUCAUACGUGGAUCUUCUCUCUUGGACUGGGGCUCUCAUCUGGAGUCGAUAUUCUUAUCACCAUCACCAUGAUGGCCAUUCUUCACGGCUCUCGCUCAUCGUCGUUAAGCCUCGAUACAGUGAUCAGGUCCUUGAUCUUGUACACAUUGGAGAAUGGUGCUCUCACUACCGCCGCAACUAUUGUUUCGAUGAUAUGUUGGCUAGUCAUGGAUAAUCUCAUCUUCUUAGCAUUACACUUUAUCAUCGCGAAGCUAUACGCAAAUUCGGUUCUUGCCAUGCUCAACUGCCGCCGAGCACUACGCCGCCAAUCCGGAUCCGAACACACAGAUGGAGGGAACGACCUGGCGUUAUCACCUGGUGGUGUGGUCAUUUUCAACAAGACGAAAAUGCAUCAUCAUCAUCCGAGUCAUCAUAAGAGUCAUACUGCGAUGGAGGUGAAUGUGGAGAGGAGUGUUGAGUUUCGUGUGGAAGCUUAGUGCCCUUUUUUUGCCCUUUUUUUCUUUCCCACCUUUUUCCGUCGAUUGUGGUUAUUGGUUGUCUUUUUUUUGGCCACGCGGUGGAGAUUGGGAGCUACGUGGUUAGCUGGUGAAAUAGUUGGAAAAGGGUUUGUUUUUGUGAUGUUGAUUUUUUUUUUUAUUCGUUCCCUCCUUCCUACCCUUCCCUUUGGGGUUUUGAAGAUUUACAUACUACUUAUGGUUUUUACGCGCGGUCGAUAAUACAGUGGUAGUAGUUUAAGUUGUUAUAUAUAUAUCUAUAUAUCUAUCUCUAUAUCUAUCUGUGCAUUUUAAUUCA